UAAUACCGCUGCUGCGCAUAUUUCAGGCGGUGGAGAGCGGCUGCUGAUGGGGGACGAAAAGGAGACCUGGAAAGUAAAAACUCUUGACGAAAUCCUACUAGAGAAAAAACGCAGAAGAGAACUAGAAGAGAGAACAGAUCCCAAGCGCCAGAAAAAUUUCACACAGGGCCUUGUUCCACAGGCGGAUGAUCGGGAAGCCAAACGAGACACUCCGGAGGAAGGAGAACUACGGGAUCAAAGGAUGGAAAUAACAAUUCGUAAUUCCCCGUACACACGGGAAGACUCAACAGAAGACAGGGGAGAGGAAGACGAAUCACUAGCAAUCAAGCCUCCACAGCAAAUAGCAAGAAAAGACAAAUCUCACCACAGAAAGGAGGAGAAGAGAAAAGAUAAAAGACGUCAUCGUAGUCAUUCUGCUGAAGGAGCAGGGAAGCAUGCGCGACCCAAAGAUAAAGAAAAAGAGCGAGAAAGUGAUCGCAGGAAGCGACAGUGGGAAGAAGACAAAGCCCGGCGAGACUGGGAGAGGCAGAAACGAAGGGAACAGGCCAGAGCUCAUUCACGGAGAGAGAGACCUCGAUUGGAUUCUCCUGGGUUUUUUUUGGACCACAGGGACCGGCUGGAACAGCUCGAACGCCAGCGUGAACGGGACCGAAAAUUGCGUGAACAGCAGAAAGAGCAACGCGAAUUGAAGGAUCGCGAGAGGAGGGACGAGGAGCGACGCAAAGAGCGAGGUGCUCGACGAGAAGUCCCAUCUCACCACCGGAUGCUACCUGACGAGUAUGAUGACAAGCCAAAACAAAGUCACCGCAGCCGAAGUCCCAUGCGCGUUUCCCGGGACAGAUCUGAACACAGUGAACCACGCAAAAGUGCAACUUCAAAGGAGGAGAAGCCAGAGGGCAAAGACCUGCUUGCAGACCUUCAGGACAUUAGCGACAGUGAAAGGAAGACCAGCACAGCAGAAUCCUCCAUGGCUUCAGGAUCGGGCUCUGAAGACGAGGAGGAUGACGAUGAUGAAGAGGAGUCUAGCAGCCAGAGUGAGGGUGAAGAAGAGGAAGGGGAAGAGGAAUCUGUCUCAGGCUCGGGAAGGUCUGAGCAGAGUGCAGAGGACGUGAGUGAGGACGAGCAGUCGGAUGAUGAUUUUGAAGACGAGAAGGAAGAUGGAAAUCACAUACCUGCAGUGCCAGAGUCCCGUUUCGAUCACGACUCUGAGGAGAGUGGUGAGGACAUGGAGGAAGAGGAGGAGGAGGAGGAGGAGGAAGAGGAAGAGGAGGAUGCAGGAGAGGGUGACCCCACGCCUCACUCUCAAACUCAUUCUCGCUCUCCAACGCCUGAAGAGAACUACAUCCCGGACUCCCCCCCAAUUUCACCUGUGGAGCUUAAGAAGGAGCUGCCCAAAUAUCUGCCUGCUUUACAGGGUUGUCGCAGUGUUGAGGAAUUCCAGUGUUUGAACCGAAUAGAGGAGGGAACCUACGGUGUGGUGUACAGAGCCAAAGACAAGAAAACAGAUGAAAUUGUGGCCCUAAAAAGGUUGAAGAUGGAGAAGGAGAAGGAGGGCUUCCCCAUCACAUCUUUAAGAGAAAUCAAUACGAUCCUGAAAGCUCAGCACCCAAACAUCGUCACAGUGAGGGAAAUAGUUGUUGGAAGUAAUAUGGACAAGAUCUACAUUGUGAUGAACUAUGUCGAACACGACCUGAAGAGUCUGAUGGAAACCAUGAAGCAGCCUUUCCUGCCAGGUGAAGUAAAGACUCUGAUGAUUCAGCUGCUUCGAGGUGUCCGACAUCUUCACGAUAAUUGGAUUCUCCAUCGUGAUCUGAAGACGUCCAACCUGCUGCUGAGCCACAAGGGCAUCCUCAAGAUUGGCGACUUUGGUUUGGCCCGAGAGUACGGUUCCCCCCUGAAGCCCUACACCCCUGUAGUGGUGACCCUUUGGUACCGCUCACCAGAGCUGCUGCUUGGAGCCAAGGAGUACUCCACAGCUGUGGACAUGUGGUCAGUGGGCUGCAUAUUUGGCGAGCUCCUCACCCAGAAACCUCUUUUCCCUGGAAAAUCUGAAAUUGACCAAAUUAACAAGAUUUUCAAGGAUCUGGGUUCACCCAGCGAGAAGAUCUGGCCCGGCUACAGCGAACUGCCCGCUGUGAAGAAGAUGACUUUCACAGAGUAUCCCUACAACAACCUGCGAAAGCGCUUUGGAGCGCUGCUCUCAGACCAAGGCUUUGACCUCAUGAACAAGUUCCUCACCUACUGCCCCAGUAAGAGGAUCUUAUCAGACGAGGGGCUCAAGCACGAGUACUUCCGCGAGACGCCGUUGCCCAUCGACCCGUCCAUGUUCCCCACCUGGCCGGCUAAGAGUGAGCAGCAGAGGGUGAAGAGAGGCACCAGUCCUCGUCCACCCGAGGGAGGCCUGGGCUACAGUCACCUGGGUGACGACGACCUAAAGGACACAGGCUUUCACCUGACAACCAGCAACCAGGGAGCAUCUGCUGUUGGUCCAGGAUUUAGCCUCAAAUUCUGAGCCCGAAACCUGCAGGACACCUGGCUGUCUCGUUGAGAAAGAGGGAGCUAAGAGUUCUGGGACUGGUUGUUCUUUUGGAACUGGACAGUGUCACUGGUUUACAACUGUAAACCUGAUCAUUACAACUGUUACCAAAUAGUCAGGACUGUCUCACAGCAAGACUAGUGGCUCAAACACGUUGAAUUUCCAGAAUUUCUUCUCUUUUCUUCUUCUUCUCUAUAUUUUCAAGCCAUUUCACCAUUCUAAUGUGGCCAUUUUAGCUCUUAAAGAGGAGACACAACCAUACAUCUGUUAGAAGUUUAGCUCUCAUGUUUGACUUUUGUUUUAUUUUCCCUUUUAUACUUCAUGAGAGAGGACCAGAUUUUAUAAAUGGUUGGUAUUUCCUGGCUGCCUGAGCUACUGUAUAAUGAUGCAGCGCUGGCCGUGUUUUCAAUCCAGCAUUAUGUUAGAAAUUUACUUUAGACUGUCAGGUCUUUUGAUGACAGGGGGACGAUGCCUUUGCUAGAAAUAAAGUUUGAAACUGUAUUUUGUCUGCUGCUCUCCCUGUAUUUACAAACUAUGUCCAAGCUAUGCAAACACAACCGCACGCUGCCAGAGGACCACAAAAAAAAGAAGGGAAGUGGAGCCUUAAAAAAAAAAAAAAAAAAAAAAAUCCAGCCUUGAACCCAACUUGGUAAUCG